GUGCAAGGAAUGCUGCAACGCCGAGUUACGGCUUCGGAUCGUUUUCAUCGCUCGUGUACUUAUAAUCCGUACACUAGUGCACUGAAUCUAUCCGGGUCCACUAAGACUGUUCUUAGCUAAAUUUCCGGAAACAACUGGUCGAGGCGGGAUACGGAUACGGAUACAGAUACCUCAAUCUCACAACCUAACCCACCCCUCCUCGAACCCAAUGCCCGACCCCGCCGCCCACGCCGACGACACCAUCUCGGCGCGCAUCUCCCCGUCCUGCCCCGCCGAGACCCAGCGCAUCCUGACGGCCGCCUGGGCGCACGACGUCGCCGCCGUCAAGAAGCUGCUCGACGCGCCCGGCCGCGCCAGCGUCCAGGACCCGACCACCGGCGAGACCCCGCUGCACGCCGCCAUCCGCGCCUGCGGCGCCCCCGCAGAAGACGAUGACCCGGCCGACCUGGAGGCCGCCCGCCAGACCGUCCACGAGUUGCUGCUGUGGGGCGCCAUCUGGAAUGACGUGGACGACCGCAACGAGACGCCCGGCUGCGUGGCCCAGCGGCUGGGGCGCGUCGAGCUGUAUAAUCUGUGCGUAGAGGCCGGCGUGAGGGCCGAGAUGUUGUUUGGCGUGCUGGAGGGGUACGAGGAGUUGGGGAGUGUCGGGGAGGAUGGGGAGGAUGGGGAGGAUCUUGAGGUGGUGGAUGUGGAAGCCGGUGCUGGUGCCGGCGCCGGUGCCGAUGCGGACAUGGUCGUGGUCAGUGAAGAGGACGGCGACGAGGCGCCGGAGCUGGUUGAUGUGGAGGGCAGUGGGCAGAAUGGGGCGGUACAAGAGGACGAGGCAGAGGCGGAAGCAGAGCAGGACCAGGAGCAGCAGCUGGACGGGCCGAGGUUCCAACCACCCAAGGACGACACCAAUGCCGAUGUCAAUUCGGAGGCAUACUUGCGGUCGAAGCUGACGUACUCGGACGGGAAGCUGGUGGACGAGGACGGGAACGGCGUCAUGAUGGCAUGGGAAACCGACAUCAUGCGCCAGAGUGUCGAUGCUCUGCUGCCGGAUAAACAGCCGGGGAAGAGAAUUCUCAACAUCGGCUUCGGCAUGGGCAUCAUCGACACCAUGUUUGCCGAAACCAAACCUGCCUGCCACCACAUCAUCGAAGCCCAUCCCGGCGUCUUGGAACACAUUGCCAGCCCGAGCUCCAAGUUCGGCUCCGCUUGGGAGGAAAGCGGUCCGGCCCCGGGCGCCUUCAAAGUCUACAACGGGAAGUGGCAGGAUGUGUGUCAGGAGUUGCUCCAGCAGGGACACACAUACGACGCCAUCUACUUCGACACCUUUGGCGAAGACUACUCGCAGCUACGCAUGUUCUUCACCGAGUUCAUUCCCGGCCUCCUGGACGGCCAGGGCCGGUUCAGCUUCUUUAACGGUCUCGGUGCCGACCGCCGGAUCUGCUACGAUGUCUACACCAAGGUGGCCGAGCUGCAUCUCGCCGAUGCCGGCCUGGAUGUCGAUUGGAAGGUAAUCGAUGUUGACAUGUCACAUCUGGCUGAAGCUGGCAAGGGCGAAUGGGAGGGGGUGAAGAGACGGUAUUGGACGCUCGACAGUAAGCGCUCUGCUCCGCUUGGCUUCCGACUUGCUGCUGACAACUUGGUAGAAUAUCGCCUGCCGAUUUGCACGUUCCUGGGUUGACAGUCGCCCUGGCCUUGCAAACGGAAUCCUUGAGUGUGAGUGGCCGGAAAGGCUGCCUCUGAGCAAGGCUCGCAGGUCUGCCACGGCCGGUGUAGGCCUCAGUGCAUGACCUGCAUGCAGCCUU